GACUAGGGCGCUAGGCCCUCUGUUUCUGUUUAAGAAGAAGAACCGAGGGCGGCUCGGAAGUAGUACUACGCACGAGAGCAGGCAGGAGGGAGGAGAAAAAAACCAGCAGCAGCAGAGAGCCCCACGGGAUUCGCUCGCUCGCUCGCCUGGAUCGAACCGAAGCCACCGGAGGGUUGAUCUGAUCUGAGGAGCGGCGCGUGCGAGCCUCGGGGUCGAUCGCGGCGGCACGCGGGUUGGUGAGGGCGGUGCUGGGGUUCGAAUUGGGCAGCUGCGGUGUGGAUUUGGGGCGGAGGUCGGUGCGCCGCGGUGCGGGGUUUGUGGAGGGCCUCGCGCCAUUGCAUCGGGAGGCCGUGGACGCCGCCGCGACGCCGGAGGCAGGUCGGUCCGAAUUGGGCGGCUGGAGCGCGUUCAUGGUCGCCUAGAUCGGGGAUUCCAGCUGGCGCCCCCCGCAGCGAUGGCCGCUGAUUCCAGCAUGGGGUUCCACCAGGGGAUCGCCGCCGCCUCGGUGUACAACCACCACCACAACAUGCUCUCCUUCCAGUCGUCCAGCAGCGAUGUGACCAUGGGCGGCGGAGGCCCCGGGAUGGGGCUCAUGAGCAUGAGCGGGCCGAGCAGCACCGCCGGCAUGUUCCUCUCUCCCAACAGCAGCAGCAACAACAACAACAACGGUGUGUUCGGCAACUCGCCGGUGCUUGGCCCGUCGAGGAGCUCGUCGGGGGGCGCAUCCCGUGGCGGCACCACCGCGGCAAAGUAUAAGUUCGUCACCGGCGAGCCUUCGGAGUGGAGUGACCGCGAGCUGAAUAUACUGAACGAAGGGCUCACGAGAUAUGCUCGCGAACCUAAUAUCAUGAGGUACAUCAAGAUAGCGGCUAUGCUGCCCAACAGAACCAUCAGGGAUGUUGCAUUGCGAUGCUGGUGGGCUGCAGGUAAAGAUAGAAGGAAGAAACCAGAAGGUUUUUUUACAGGGAAAAAGAUGAGAGAUAUGAAGCCAAUGCAGGACAAAAUGUUUGCAUCUGCCCCAAUGGCUAAUUUUCACAUGGCGCCUACCAACAACUUGACCCCUUUCUCAAUAUCGGUUCAAAAUCCAAACCAGCAAUGUCAAGUUCCCAAAGAAGCAGAUCCUGUUGUGGACAGUGCAACCCAGCAGCUCCUGGAGGAAAAUAAUCAAUUGCUUAACCAGAUUGCUGCAAAUAUUGAAACAUUCAAGACGGGGGAGAACAUGGGUCUCUUUCUUCGGACAAAUAGCAACAUCAAGACAAUUUUAAGCAGAAUGAGCGAGACACCUGGCAUCAUGGGUCAGAUGCCUCCUCUGCCAGAAUUUGCACAUGAAGACAAGCUUAAUUCACUUCUUCAAGUUGACAGAAUGGUCCAAUCUUAUAGUGCAGCACACACCUCACAUAUGAAGGAAGAGCCUCGAAGCUAAUGCGUGGCAUGCACCGAAAUUGGAAAGUCCAGAUAGAUGGCUUGAGCUUCUUUCCCUUGGUUUCAUAGGGGUGCUGCUAGGAAUCCCUACAGGCUGUUAUACUGACGGAGCGCCAGGAAUAGUUGACGUACAUCCUUGAGAUCAUUCCCUACCCUUCCAGCUGAAUUUCGGGAAAGCGUGUUUGGAAGGAACGGAUUCUGCAGUUUUGCAGCGUAUGCGUGCGGGCAUCCGGUUGCUGCUCUUCCUCCAGCAACCACACCACCACCAGAUACUUGAUUCAGGACUACAGCGAAGUGACUGUAAAUAUUGGAUGGCCGAGGCAUUCCGUGUUUUGUUUUCCUUCCCCAAUUGGCCGUGAAUACAUUUUUCGAAAGGGCUACCGCCCAUUUGCAUUUCUUACUUCCUCCAGUUUGUACCCUGUACAGUAAUGAGCCUUUGCCCUGAUACAUGCUGUGCCGUGUUGGUAAAAGCAGCGAGCGGCGUUCCAUUUCAAGGGGGUAUCCUAGUUUUGCAUAAAUGCUCUCUAGUUUAGGCCUUUAGCUAUUUGGGUCAUUGCCUGUUUUCUUCAACAGCUAAAAAGGAUAGGAUGAGAAAAAGAAAUGUAGGAGUGACACUCCUGAAUUCUGAACUA